AUGAGCGGCCCCGAUGACACAGAGUCCGCUGCUGCAGCGCAGCAGGAAUCUCCAGCAGCAGCAGCAGAUGCUGCUGCUGCUGCUGAUGCUGCUGCUGCUGAUGCUGCUGCUGCUGAGGGCGUUCAAGAGCCUGCAGCAGCAGAAGCAGCAGAAGCAGCAGACACAGCAGCAGCAGCAGCAGCAGAUGCAGCUCCAGCAGCAGCAACAGAAGAAGCAGCAGCAGAAAGAACAGAAUCAGCAGCAGCAGAUGCAGCAGCAGCAGCAGCAGCAGCAAAAGAUGUUCGUCGUGGCUUAGGCCCCCCGAAAGGCAGCAACGAGCCCCCAGGAACUCCCCUCAGCAGCAGCAGCAGCAGCAGCAGCAGCAACAGGCAGCAGCAGCAGCAGCAGCACGCAGGAUAG